AUGUCGCCAAUCUCCGUUUUCCGUGUCGCAACCCGCGCCGUCCGUCCCUCCGGCUUCAUCAGAGCCGCUCAAUUGCCCCGGGCCCGCGUGCAGUUUCCCAUUGCUCAGGCUAUCAGCCGCCCCAGCUUCAGCACCUCCGCUCAACGCUACUCGGGCCACCACGAGGACGAGACCUACGAGGAAUUCUCUGACAGAUUUGAGAAGGAAUUCGACGGUGUCCAGGAUGUUUUCGAGCUCCAGCGCAACCUGAACAACGCCUUCGCCUACGAUCUCGUCCCCUCCGUCGAGGUCUGCACCGCCGCUCUUAAGGCUGCUCGUCGUGUCAACGACUUCCCCACCGCUGUCCGCGUUUUCGAGGGCAUCAAGGCUAAGGCCGAGACCAAGGAACAGUACAAGCAAUACCUCGAGGCUCUUGAGGAGCUCCGCCUGGAGCUGGGUGUUCCUCUCCGUGAGGAGCUCUACCCCGAGGAGCAGUAG